UCAAAAGGUAUCACAGAAGAGAAAGCUGUGUCUCUGCUGUUGAUAUCUAUCAACACUGAGAUGAUGGUUUAGUAGUCCUGUGCUGAUAGUUGAAAUUAAGGACUUUGUUGGAAGCAACUGAAGGGAUUCUGACUGAGUGGUUAUAUCUUUCUCAAAUCUAAAAUGGAUAUAAAAAUCAAGGCACUGUUUCCUGUCUUCUUAGUUCUUUACAUCAACCAUGUUUCAGGAACAGCCAUACCGCCGCCUAAAAAACUGAAUGUCCAUAUGUCAGACGGGGAAGUAACGGUUCUGUGGGAACAUCCUAAGAACGCCCCGUCAGAAGCAGUGUAUAACGUUCAAAUGGGAAAGUAUGGUGAUGAGUGGGAUAAUGUAUCCAGCUGCACUGGCAUCACAAGGAACUUUUGUUUCAUUAGUACUCACAUACAUGACUAUAGGGUUGCCUACAAAGUCAGAGUUCAGCUGGUCAGAGGAAAUCAAAAGUCUGAAUGGAAAGUCCAAAAGAAAUUUUUUAUAAAUCAAAGUGAAUUGCUGCCUCCCUCCUUUACUCUGUGGGCUACUUCCAGCACACUUACAGUUUACGUUCAUGAAAAAUCCAUCUUGAGAAAAAUCUUUCCAUAUGGAGUUGCCUACACUUUGUAUUUGGAUGAAAUAGAUCAAGAAAACAAGACUACCACAGUUUACCUGAGAGACGAUGAGGGUAAGGAACAGAGGAACAAGACUUUCAGGGGUCUCCACUGGGGAAGAAAGUACUGUGUCAGCGUCAAAGUCGAAGACGUCAGUGGCCCCUCAACCAGCAGUGUGUCUGAUAAACAGUGUCUGCUCCUCCCAGAACAAGAAUUUUAUAUAAUUGCUGCAUCAUCCUUAUCUAUAAUGGGGAUCCUGGCAUUUGCUACUAUUAUGAUCAGCAUUGUGUUGUGUUACCUAAAACGCCCUGCAAAAACACCCAUUGCAUUGAAAUCCCCUAUCAGUGGCUGGCAGCCACUCUCUGUCGCAGAAGGGACCGUAGAGGUGGUUACAGACAAGGGAUGGUUUCUUUCUAGUAACAGAACUGAUACAAAAACCAGUGUGAAAAUCCCUGAAACCAAUGUUACAAUAUUAGAGGACGGCGAGGAGAACAGGAGGACCAGCUUGGACAGCGGGGUCAACGUAGAGGCUGACUCCCAAGCAGACAAUGAAGGAGGACCUCGAGCGACACAAGAGGACAGCGGCUGCGGGAGCAUGGGAGGACCAGAGAGCUCUGCCCACAGUCACACAGAUUAUCCUCUGCGGGAUGACAGCAUGGAAGCAGAGGAUGUCAGGAAGAGGGAAGACAGUGGGAUGGGCAUGAGCUGCCAGCUCCAUUCCUCUUCCUUAAACCUUGAUACUCAGGACACAGAACCUCUUGUGGAGACUGUCAUUGUGGGAAAUUACUGCACCCAGAGCCCGUCUAACAUGCAGAUCCAAACCAGAGAUAGUGAGAAGAUGUUGAAACAGAUCCCUGCACACUCAAUGUUAGCUGAAGUGGUAACGGGAUACAAAGCUGGGCCUCAGUCCUGUAUCUGCUCAGAAACAGGCCAGUGCAGCUGGUGCCACAGACAUGGCAAUUACAGACCUGAAGGAACCAAACUAUGUGGAACUGUCCGUAUGGAAAACUUGUUGCUUGGUGGGACAAGUGACCUGGUGGACUCAACCAGAUCCAGUAAAACACACAUAGACCAUGUCAUAACGAACUUAGAAGCUUCAUUUUUAGAACUGACUGAGACAUUCCCCCUGUUGAAAUCAAAAUAUGAACAGGACAGCAAUAUGAACAAUUUGUGCCUCUCUCUCUAUGAUGUUCAGCUUACAACUGACUAACAUGCUGUGGAGUGCAACACUAUUUAUAAAUCACUUCUGAAGGAGCCUGACGUAAACGUCACAUUGCAUGUUUCAAAAUGAAGCAAUAGGUGUUGUGAAAUGGUGAAAACGUCAGCCAGCUAGAUUCAACAGAUCAGGCUGGUUUUUACCCAAGAGGAAAAAAAGUUGCUCCUGACUGUUAACCGCCUCUGAUGCCUCGGAAGCUAGUUGAUUGAAGACCUUCUUCACACUUGUCUCGAUGGGUAAAUUAUUGACUAAACUGCACAUGCCGGAAAUGAAACCGCUACGAGGAGCACUGUGAAGAAACAGUUUGACAGUUACCCACUUUAACAUUUCACCUCCUCCAACAAUGAAACCUUGUGUGAGUUAGGUUGCCAUAAUCACAGAGCCCAGGUUUAUUUUCAGAUGUUCAUUUUCUUUGAAAUGUAGAAUUAUUUCACAGACUCUUACAGUAUUAAAUGGUGCAUAAAACAAUUAA